CCUGCUCAUCAACAUUAGUCCGGUGGGCCGGGGCCACGUGCUGCUGGUGCCGCAGAUGGCACGCCUGCUGCCGCAGCAGCUGGAGCAGCGCGGUCUGCAGCGGCUGCUCGACCUGCUCCUGCUCAGCCGCAGCACCGGUCUUCGAGGGCUCUUCAACAGCAUCGGAGCGCGGGCGUCUGUGAACCACUACCACUUCCAGCUGUACUACUUCGACCACCCGCUGUACAUCGAGACGGCACCGGUGGAGCGGCUCGACGACGGCCUGUACCAGCUGACCGCCUUCCCUGCGCCCGCCUUCGUGUUCGAGGUCACGCGCGCCACGUACGCCGACGUCGCCAGUCGCGUGGUGGCGCUGGCGGAGCUGAUCCUGGACGAGGGGCUUGCCUUUAACCUGGUGGCGUGCCGUGGCGGUCGCUGCUCGGACUCGCCGGCGCGACCCGAGCUGUACCAGGCCGUGCGCGUGUUCGUCUGGCCCCGGCAGCCGGAGUUAUUGCAAGAACCGACGGACGACUACCAGGUGGCCUCGUGCGAGUUCGCCGGACACAUCACCGUUGCAUCGGCCGAGUCCCUGAACUCGCUGACCGAAGCCGGCGUGGCCGAGAGUCUCCGGACCGUGGCCGAGCCCGCCUUCCGCCAGCUCCGGGACAAUCGUGCUGAGCCGGCUCGUGGGAUGCUCUAG